AUGAUCGCAGGGAUGGAGAAGAAUACAGUCAAAGCAAUUAAAGCUUCUCAGAAGUCUAAAAAGAAGAAAGAAGUAAACAAGAAACUAAAGAAUCAAAUCGAUCAUCAACUUGUAAAGUACCCAUGGUUUAAGAGGAAAAACUGUUUGAUGAAUUGUGAAAUAAUCUUCAUACCCAAAACAUCAAUUGAAGAGCUCGUAACGGCUUUUAUUGUAGCUCUUGAUUUGGUCAAUCUUCAACACGCUGUUGAACGAUUAAUGACUGAUUCAAAUCGAGAUCAAAGUAAAAAGUACCAACCAGGGGUGAAUUCUGAAGUGGAAUUUAUUGAUAGUCGAAAACAAAAACGAGUGGAUCAUUAA